AUGCCUAAAAGGGUAAACUUCUUCGUGUAUGAAAUUCAGGGCUUCUGUGCAAGUGAUGGUGAACCGGGCAGGCACGCGUGCUGGCCUCCACCAGAUUUCCAGGGGUGCAGCCUCUCCCUCACCACCCGUCUGUCCCCUUCUCACCCGCAGAGAAAGCCCAAGAUCACGGCCUCCCGGAAACUCCUGCUGAAGAGCCUGAUGCUGGCCAAGGCCAAGGAGUGCUGGGAGCAGGAGCACGAGGAGCGGGAGGCUGAGAAGGCCCGCUACCUGGCCGAGCGCAUCCCCACGCUGCAGACCCGCGGCCUGUCCCUCAGCGCCCUGCAGGACCUGUGCCGGGACCUGCACGCCAAGGUGGAGGUGGUGGAUGAGGAGAGAUACGACAUUGAGGCCAAAUGCCUGCACAACACCAGGGAGAUUAAGGACCUGAAGCUGAAGGUGCUGGACCUCCGUGGGAAGUUCAAGCGCCCGCCGCUGCGCCGGGUCCGGGUCUCGGCUGACGCCAUGCUCAGGGCCCUCCUGGGCUCGAAGCACAAGGUGUCUAUGGACCUGCGGGCCAACCUGAAGUCCGUGAAGAAGGAGGACACAGAGAAGGAACGCCCCGUGGAGGUGGGGGACUGGAGGAAGAACGUGGAGGCCAUGUCCGGGAUGGAGGGCCGGAAGAAGAUGUUCGACGCCGCCAAGUCUCCGACCUCGCAGUAGAGGCCGCCCGGCCGCCCCGCGCUCUGGGCUUCCGCGUCUCGCUCCUCCCUCCAGCCCGGCUCACCUGCCUCUCUGCACCCCACCCUGCCCCUCCGAGGCACCCCCUCCUGCCCUCGCCUCUCCCCUCCGGCCUGAGCGCCCUCCUCUGGAACUGGGACUGAACAGACACCCGAGAGGACAAACCCCCGUGUCUGAAGACCUCGCCCUAGCGGGGUGUAGACGCCAGGCUGAGGGGGAAGGGGUGUGAGAGCGCCUUCCCUCUGGCCCCGAGCUGCAUCCCUCCACUGCUUCUCUGACCUGUAGAGUGCCCCCACUCCGGGCAUCCCAGCUUCUCCAUUAAAAUCCAGGCUCCUGGUCA